CAGGACGCGGAAGGGGCGGGCGGCACGCUUUACGGCAGAGUCGCUGGGUUCGGCUCUGCCGCCUGCACGUGGGCCGAGCGCGCGGCCGCAGCCAUGAAGAGGCCUAAGCUGCGGAAGGGCAGCAAGCGCCUGACCUGCCACAAGCGGUACAAGAUCCAGAGGAAGGUACGGGAACACAAGAGAAAACUCAGGAAAGAAGCCAAGAAGCGUGGAAACAAAAAGCCCCGAAAAGAUCCAGGAGUUCCCAGUGCUGCACCAUUCAAGGAGGAAGUUCUUCGUGAAGCUGAGCAAAGGAAACAAAGGCUUGAAGAACUCAAACAGAAGCAGAAGCUGGCCAGGCAGAAAGAAUUUGAAAAGAAGAGAAAGCUAGAAGCUAAAAAAGAUGCUACCAAACCAAAAAAAGAGCCAGAAGGAAAGGAAUCCACUGUGAAACUGAAAAAAUCUAACAAACAGCUAGAUAAAAAUUCAGCAAAAUCAUUUUGCAGGGAACUUAAAAAGGUGAUCGAGGCUUCAGAUAUAGUACUAGAGGUCUUAGAUGCCAGAGAUCCCCUGGGCUGUCGGUGUCCCCAGAUAGAACAGAUUAUUACCAAGUCUGGAGAAAAAAAACAACUAGUGCUGGUUUUAAACAAAAUUGAUCUGGUGCCAAGGGAGAAUUUGGAGCAAUGGUUAUGUUAUCUGAAGAAUGAGUUGCCAGCAGUUGCUUUUAAAUCCUCAAUGCAGCUGCAAGAUCGGAGUAUGGAGAAGCUCACAAAGAAAAGGGGACAUAAAGAUGUGUCAGUAAGCAAUAUGUGCUUUGGAAAGGAAUGCCUUUUGAAUCUUCUUCGAAAGCACUGCAAGACUCAAGAGAAGGCUAUUAAAGUUGGGGUGAUAGGUUUUCCAAAUGUGGGAAAGAGCAGCAUAAUCAAUAGUUUGAAGGAAGCGCGUGUCUGUAAUGUGGGGCCACUAAGAGGUGUGACCAAGUGCAUGCAGACAGUGCAUAUUGACAAACAGAUCAUCAUAUUGGACAGCCCCAGCAUAGUUGUGUCUCCCUCCAACUCUGCUCUUGCUCUGGCUUUGAGAAGCCUCUCAGCUGUUGGAGAAUCUAGAAACUUACUAGAUGCAGUUAAUGCUGUUCUGAAACACUGCAGUAAGCAGCACGUAAUGCUGUGCUACAAUAUACCAGACUUCAGAAAUUCACUAGAGUUCUUAACUUUGCUUGCUCAGAAAAGGGGUAUGCUGAAAAAGGGAGGUGUCCCUGAUACAGAAAGUGCAGCCAAAUUACUGCUUUAUGAUUUGACAGGUGCCAAAAUAAGUUACCACUCACGACCUCCUAUGUCUCAAAAUCUGUCGUCACAUCUUACUAAAGAGACAGUAGCAGAAAUGCAGAAAGGUUUUAAUUCAGAGGAGCUAGAAAAGGAUAACAUGAACACAAUUAACGCUGUGAAAUAUCCCAAUUUGGCCAGCAGUCUUCUUUUCCAGUUUUCUGGUAUGACAAAUGGGACAACCGAAGAGACUGCAUUGGAAGAGGAAAUGUCAGAACAAGAUGACUUGGAAACUAGUGAAAACGAGAAUGAUGUAGCCAAUGAUCAGGAAAGUGCUGAGGAAGAAGCAGCUGGUGAAGAGGAAAAUAACAUUCAGGUGGACAACAAAACAAGUAAUCAAAAAACAAAAAUGAAAGAUACGACCUUAAAAAGGCAGCUGGCAGGCGGAGACCCCAAUACUUUAUCAUUCAACCUAGAUAAAACAGUUGAUGAAGAUGAUUCUUAUGAUUUUAACAUAGAUUAUGCAUAAAGGCAGAAAUGUGCACUCAGAGACCUGAUUUUUUUAAAUGCAUUGUUAACUUUGUAAGCAACUUUGAACAUUUUCCUGCUGCCUUUCAGUGCUGCUAAAAUCCUACAGAACACAGGUCUUAAGCAGAGAUUCAGCAUCUCUAUAGGCAUGUAAAAUAUUGUAUACAAUGCAGCAUGCCCUUGUGGAUUUUCACAUGUGAUGUAGUUUGGUAUAAGUAUUUUGUUUUAAAUAAAUGUUAAGAGCUUAACUGUA